CCACAUACACACCACACAUUUACAACCCUCUUCCGCUGUGAGACAAGUCGGGAGCAUAAAUCAAAAAGUUUCUGUCGCAAUUUUUCACAUCAAAUUAAUCUUUAUCUACAAUGUUUUGUAUGUAAUUUUUUCAACGUUUUUGCAUUGCGUCUAAUUAAUUAGGGUAAAAUGUUACGCAAAAGGAGAAUAAAGGGCAAGCGAAUGCCAAAAGCCGUCUGGCAUUUUCAUUGCAUACUCCCCGGCAGAGGCAAAUAGAAGAUGUCAUAAAAAUGCCAUUGCAAAUCGACAAAGACACGCAAAGGCAUAGGCGAGACAGAGGCGGAGGCGUAGCCAGCGCCAAACUCAUUUCACUUGCGUCGAAAAGAUAAAUGUGAAGCGCUUAAAAAAGCAAUUACCGCAUAAAUUGCGCCUCGACGCUGCUGCCUCAACUACUACAAACAAGCAGCCAGGCAGAGGAUGCGACGCAUAAAACUUGCUACAAAGGACUCUCAAGUUCGUUGGAGAAAAAAGUAAAUGAAAGCCAAACAACAAAUGUUCGUACAUGCGAGCACAUCCUGCCUGUAAGACAUUUCGCAAACAAAUGCGCAAAACACGCGAAAACAUGCAAAAUGCAGUGCAUACACAACAGCCACUACCCAAGCCGUCGAACGAAUCUGAGACGAGACCAGACUAGGCCAGACCAGACCAGACCAGGCCCGACUUAAUUGUAAAAUCAAUAGUGGGAGUGAUGGGCGCGUAAAUCAAGUUAAAAGUCGCAGCAAUCAAAACACCCGCAGCGCAAUAAAAACUCAUUAAAUGGCCGCCGGGAGAUUGUAGUGUAUGCCAAUUGGGUACGCCAGGUGCGCGACCAGAGUUCCAAUUGGAUUUAAGCAAAUUGUGUGGGACACAUCGAUUUCUCAUUAGAUUGGACGCGGCCUGAUGAUAUUUCGCAUGGCUGUUCAAAUCACUUAAACAAAAAUUUAAUUGACUUGACGACGGCUGUACACGUAGCUGUCAAAGGGAAACGGAGCGCACAACACGAAACGGAAGCCAGGCCGAUGACGACGACGACGGCGACGAAGGACGAGCCGGCUAGAGCUUUAGUGAUGGCGCCAGCUGCCAGUCUGCCAGUCUGCGUGGCCUACUGCCAAUUUGUAGCCGUGUGGAGCGGAAAUUUCUUCAACUUCCUGAUUUAAAUAAUAGCAAACUGCCAGCCAGCCCCGUCACCCCACGCCGCUUUCAAACUUGUCGCACCAACUGACGGCAGAAACAGCAACAUCAACAACAGCAGCGACAUAAACAGGCAGUGGCAAGUUGAUUACCAUCAGCAGGCGCCGUGUGUUGUGCCAUGCGUCAAAGUAUCAGCUACAAUAUUUAUUUUCCUUUUUUUUUGGUCACUCAGCGAGUCGCGUUUGCGGCUAAGCUCAGCGUCAAUAUUAUGCGGACGAAUUUAAAAUAUUUGCAUUAUGAUGUGACAACACAGUUGAUAAACCAUUAUGUGUGUGUCCGUUUGAGCGUGAAGCAACAACAUUUUCUGCACUUGCUACAAGUUGGACAACAAUUUCCGCAUGCAAGCGCCAUUGACACACAAGCAAAUGGCAAAAUUUUGAAAAAGUCGACAAAAACGGCCGACGCAGUGCAGCGCCGAACGAGCCGAGACGAAUGCGCAGCCGAAGCAACAGUCACAGCAGCAGCAGCAGCUACGGCGGCAACAGCACCAACAGCGGUAGCAGGACUAUAAGACAGGAGCUUAGUCCACGCACAAGCUGAGUCGCGUCGGCAACGUUGAGGCAGACGCAACGGUUCGCAUUAUCGCAUAUUACGCAUACGCCACAAGUGCCGCAGAAACAGUUGCCGCAUAUCGAACAUAAAACCAAACACCGCAAGUCUUGUUAGUCGAAAUUCUUGUCCAUUUUUACGGUUCGCAGUGAAACGCAGUCGAGCGCAUAAUUCGUACAGGCCACAGAUAGACCAACUGCUGCCCAUAAAAGUGCGUGCCAGCAUUAUUAUAAUAUUUAGACAGCCGCACCGACCACAAUUGCACAAAAAGAGGCAAACGGGCUACGCUAAGCUAACCAUGAGGCGUUCACGUACAACGCUUUCUCCGUAUCUUGACUUGCAGCUGCUGCCCUGGGAACGGGCGUCAUGCACGGCAAUGAGGCAAUGAGGCAAUGAGACGACCAGGUACACCACCACCACCAUCACCAGUAUCAGCAAGCCCACAACUAAAGCCACAACCACAGCAAGCAACGCAGCCAACCAGCGGGCAGAUGCAAUCUGAAGAGUUCGUUUCUUGGCUGAGUGCCGCCUAGCUCUCUAACUACACAGAGACCACACAGCCGCUAGACGCAGCUAAGGAGACCAACAAGCUCAGUAGCUCAGUAGCUCAACAGUCGCAGGAGAGACGGAUACAGGGCGCACAGGCUGUGAUAUUACUUAGAACCACAGAGCGAGUGCUUGGGGCCCGCCAUGUUGCGAGAUAUCUUUCUAUAUUUAGUUCUAAUCGUUUUAUUUUGCUUUAUAUUCAUGGCGCAGUUAAUCGUCAACGUUUACGCAUUCCAGCGCCAGCCAACGCCCGCCCAGAGGGCCGAGCGCAAUGAGAUUAUAUUUGUCUAGGGUUCCUGGGGGCCACAAGUCAAGCAUUGCCAGUUGGCAUUUAAUGAGCGCCACACUCACAAAAAAAUCUUAAAGCUAAAACUCAAAGAAAACGCAUUUGACAGUCUGUUGGCAGCUGGCUGCUGGCUGUUGCCCGUUCUCUGUUCCGGAGAUAAUACCCCGGCAGGAGCUGAUUAACUGGGUUGCGCGCUAAUUAGUAACGGUAGUCUUGGGAGCGCUGUCACGAAUGCACAAUACACUCCAGCACAAUGAAACUUUGCGACACAAUAAGUCGGAGUGAAGCAGCGCUAGAAGUGAGCAUCGCGCGGGCAAAGUUCAUGCUGUCGACGUCGCUGCAUUGAAACAAAAAGACAAACAAUGAAAUGAAGAGAAAUGUAUUCGCAGUGCACUUUGCAUUCAGUUCAGUUCAGUUCAUUUCGCUGUGCUCGUUAUGCCAUCUAAAGAAUAUCUGAUAAUACAAUAAUAAUUAAUUUAAGCGAUUGCUUUAAGCAGUUUUUGUUGCCUACUUUUAGAGCGCGACCCGACCGAAUGCAGCGGCAAUGAGCCGUCUGAAAUGCAUUGGGGCGUGGCAAAUGGCUUUAGUUCGUAUUGAUUUCCAGCUCACACACUCGGCUCCCUUCGUCAUGUUUUAGUGCUUUACUCUUGUUACUUUUUUCGUUCUCUUUUUUUGGGCAUGGCGCACAGUUUAUUGUUUUCUUUUGGCCGCUAGAGCCGAGCUGUUCAUGCCGCCUUGAGCACUUGAGCACCAUAUACACACUUGACCCCAUUUGCUGGAAAACAUUACAAUAGGCUUGCCCACUGGGCGAAUAUGGGGCUAGGGGCCUUGACUAGGCAAACAUUUAAAUUGACAUGCCCAAGGCUCGGCGAAGGGUAUCGUUUCAAAAACUUUCAAAAUGUUGCCAAAUUUUUCUAAUACUUAACAGCCCGCUUCUGGGAGUGUGUGGCGCUUGUGCCUAAUUGAUUGCUGUCUGUUUGACCAAAUGGAAAUUAAAGUUUCAUCUGUUUUCCAAGGAAUUUAUAUUUUAAUAUGAGCACACGCAAACUUCUCAAAAACUUUUCAAUUAAAUUUAAUUACUUUUUCAGAUUGUUGGCCAAGCCAAGUGCAACAUAACUGAAUUUCUUUUUGAAGAAUCUCAAAGGGUUUUCAUUUAAUUUACAUAGCUGAGAGGAUUUGGAGUUCGUAUUCAUAUCUGCAGAACAUUUCCAAUGAUAUUACUGCAUAAUCAAACCCGUAUUAAUCGAGCUAACAAAAAUGAAUUAGAAUCGGACAUUUUUAAUGAAUUGUAUUCAAUUAAUAUUACAUAACGCAUACAUUCGAACAAUAAUAGUUUUAGCUAUCGUAUAUACAACUUAUAGUAUCUAUAAAUGGAAUAAUUCUAGUAAAUAGGGCUAAACGAAAGACAUGUGACACGAUUUACUGUAUGUGUAGUUAGUGCUGAA